UUGUUUUUCGGGUUUGCCUGUUUGGGUUGACUUCUGGUUGCUCUGCCCAGUGUUCUAGUCUUGGUUUGAUACCUGAUAUUAUUGAUUUUCUAACCAAAGAACUCCCUUUAGUAUUUCUUGUAGUUCUGGGUUGGUUUUUACGAAUUCCCUCAACUUGUGUUUAUCUGGAAAUGUCUUAAUUUCACCUUCAUAUUUAAGAGACAGUUUUGAUGGAUAUACGAUUCUUGGCAGGCAAUUUUUUUCCUUCAGUUUUUUUCAUAUGUCAUCCGAAUGCCUUCUUGCCUGCAUGGUUUCUGCUGAGUCGUCCGAGCUUAUUCUUAUUGGGUCUCCUUUGUAGGUGACUUUUUGUUUAUCCCUCACUGCUCUUAUAAUUGUCUCUUUAUCUUUGGUUUUGGCAAGUUUGGUUAUAAUAUGUCUUGGUGACUUUCUUUUAACAUCUACCUUAUGUGGAGUUCAAUGUGCAUCUUGGAUAAAUAUCUUCUCAUCUUUCAUAAUAUCAGGGAAGUUUUCUGCCAACAAAUCUUCAAUUUUCUGUUAUCCUUCCCUGUUUGGUACUCCAAUCACUCGUAGGUUAUUUCUCUUGAUAGAGUCCCACAUGAUUCUUAAGGUUUCUUCAUUUUUUUAAAUUCUUCUAUCUGGUUUUUCUUCAAAUAUAUUAGUGCCAGGUGAUUUAUCUUCGAGUUCAGAAAUUCUAGCUUCUACUUGCUCAGUUCUGCUCCUCUGACAUUCUAUUGAGUUAUCUAAUUCUGUAAUUUUAUUGUUCAUCUUCUGAAUUUCUGAUUGCUGUCUCUGUAUGGAUUUUUCCAGAUUAUUAAACUUUUCACUAUGUUCCUGAAUAAUCUUUCUAAUUUCUUCAGUUGCUUCAUCUGUGUGUUCCUUGGCUUGUUCUGCGUAUUGCCUCAUUUCCUUCCUGAUGUCUUGAAGGGUUCUGUAUAUUAAACUUUUGUUUUCUGCAUCUGGUAAUUCCAGGAAUGCACUUACAUCUAGAAGAUCCCUGGAUUUUUUGUUUUGAGAGCCUACUGAGGGAUGGACAAUCAGACUGUACUGGCUGUCCAGUCAUUGUUGGAUGGCCAAGGAGCAGUUCCUGAUCCCACAGGCCAGAGCGUCAACACGGCUCCUGCCAUCCAGCCAUUAGAUGAUGAAGAUGUCUUUCUCUGCGGGAAGUGUAAGAAGCAGUUCAACUCGCUGCCGGCAUUUAUGACCCACAAACGGGAACAGUGUCAGGUGAAUGCCCCGCCCUUAGCCACGGUCUCGCUGGCCACCAACAGCAUCUAUACCCCUUCAGCAGCACCCACAGCAGUUCAGCAGGCCCCACCUCCUGCCAACCGCCAGAUCUCCACAUACAUCACAGUGCCCCCGUCCCCGCUGAUCCAGACCCUGGUGCAGGGGAACAUCCUGGUGAGCGAUGAUGUGCUCAUGUCCGCCAUGUCGGCCUUCACGUCCCUGGACCAGCCCAUGUCCCAGGGCCCCCCACCUGUGCAGAACAGCCUGAACAUGCAUUCUGCGCCCAGCUACCUCACCCAGCCUCCGCCACCUCCUCCGCCCCCUCCGCCACUGCCCCCACCCCCACCUCCCCAGCCCCCGCCACCCCCACCCCAGAGCCUAGGCCCCCCUGGGCGUCCCAACCCUGGCAGGAAUGGUGUGGUAGAGGUGUACAGUGCCACUGCGCCCCUGGCAGGAAGUGGAACGGUGGAGAUCCAGGCAUUGGGGAUGCAGCCCUACCCACCGCUGGAGGUGCCAAACCAGUGUGUGGAGGCUCCAGUGUAUGCCACCCCUCCAGUGUACAGCCCGGGCAAACAGGGAUUCAAACCGAAAGGACCAAACCCUGCUGCCCCCAUGACCAGCGCCACUGGUGGCACGGUGACCACCUUUGACUCUCCACCAACACUGAAGACCAGACGGGCCAAAGGUGGCAGUGGACUCCCAGAAGCUGCAGGAAAGCCAAAGGCUCAGAAACUCAAGUGCUCGUACUGCGACAAGUCGUUCACCAAAAACUUUGACCUACAGCAGCAUAUCCGAAGCCACACUGGUGAGAAGCCCUUCCAGUGCAUUGCGUGUGGCCGUGCCUUUGCCCAGAAAUCUAAUGUCAAGAAACACAUGCAGACCCACAAGGUGUGGCCCCCAGGGCGCAGCGGCGGCACUGUCUCUCGGAACUCUGUGACCGUGCAAGUCAUGGCCCUGAACCCCAACAGGCAGGAGGACGAGGAAAGCACAGGGUUGGGCCAGACCCUGUCAAGCACCCCUCAGGCCCAGGCCUUGCCCACAGCAGGUGAGGAUGAGGGGGACAAGCUGGAGACCAAGCAGGUGGUCCUCAUUGAUAGCUCCUAUCUGUGCCAGUUCUGCCCCAGCAAGUUCAGCACCUACUUCCAACUCAAGUCUCACAUGACCCAGCAUAAAAACGAGCAGGUAUACAAAUGUGUAGUCAAAAGCUGUGCCCAGACGUUCGCAAAGCUCGACACGUUCCUGGAACACAUCAAGAGCCACCAGGAGGAGCUGAGCUACCGCUGCCAUCUCUGUGGCAAGGACUUCCCCUCGCUGUACGACCUGGGUGUCCAUCAGUACUCCCACAGCCUGCUGCCACAGCACAGCCCCAAGAAGGACAGCGCCAUCUACAAGUGUGUCAAAUGUGUCAACAAAUACUCCACCCCUGAGGCCCUGGAGCACCACCUGCAGACUGCCACUCACAACUUCCCUUGCCCGCACUGCCAGAAGGUGUUUCCUUGCGAACGCUACCUGCGGCGUCACCUGCCCACCCAUGGCAGCGGGGGCAGGUUCAAGUGCCAGGUAUGCAAGAAGUUUUUCCGGCGGGAGCACUACCUCAAGCUACAUGCCCAUAUCCAUUCAGGUGAGAAGCCCUACAAAUGCUCAGUGUGUGAGUCUGCAUUUAACCGCAAGGACAAACUGAAGAGACACAUGUUGAUCCAUGAGCCAUUCAAGAAAUAUAAAUGCCCCUUCUCGACACACACGGGAUGCAGUAAGGAGUUCAACCGGCCAGACAAGCUGAAGGCCCACAUUCUCUCUCACUCUGGGAUGAAGCUCCACAAGUGUGCCCUGUGCAGCAAGUCCUUCAGCCGCCGGGCCCACCUGGCCGAGCACCAGCGUGCCCACACUGGCAACUACAAGUUCCGCUGUGCUGGCUGCGCCAAGGGCUUUUCCCGCCACAAGUACCUCAAGGAUCACCGCUGCCGCCUCGGCCCCCAAAAGGACAAGGACCUGCAAGCCCGGCGGCCCCCUCGGAGGAGGGCAGCCCCCCGCAGUGGCAGCAGUGGCGGGCGCAAGAUGGAAACGCCCUUGCCUGAUCCGCUGGGGCUGGAGGAGCUGAAGGACACAGGGGCUGCGGCAGUGCCUGAGGCCACCCCAGGCAAGCCACCCUUUGCCGAGCCGGAUGCCGUGCUGUCCAUCAUGGUGGGUGGCGCGGUGGGCGGGGAGCCUGAGCUGGUGGUACCCGGGCAUACCGAGGGGCUGGGCUCCAACCUGGCACUUGCAGAGCUGCAGGCGGGGCCUGAGGGCCCGUGUGCCAUGCUGGCGGUACCCGUCUAUAUCCAGGCCUCGGAGUAAUGGACCCAUGAUUUUGCUCCCACACACUGGCCUGGCGUUCCUGUUGGGCCCGAGGCCUCUGGGGCCGACUAGAGACUCUUCCCAAUGGAAGCGAGCCUUCAGCAGAAAUCCUUUUGGAAUGUCCUUUAUAAGCCCUGACUCGUGGCUGCCCUUCUGUGUCCCCUGUCCUGCAGGAGAGCCCUGCAGCAUUCUGGGAUUUGGGGUGGGGCUACUUAUAAGGGCGAUGGUAAGAGAUGGCCGGAGGCUGAUCAGCUCAGGGUCUGGUUCAUCAGGCUGGUGGUUGGCGGCCUAAGAGAAGACAGGACCGUCUUUCCCACUGGGCUGACUCAGUGGCCUCUUGUCAGUCUGUUUUUCCGGAGGCCUGACGUGGUCAGAGCCCUUAUGUUUGGGACCUUUUUAUAUAUGGUUCUUCACGGCAUCCUCAAGACAACUGUGAUGUAAGCGUUUAGGAGGCAUUCAAGUGUUGUGGUUAAGAGUGCAAGUAGCAGCCACACCUGACUUCAAAUCCAAGUGCUGCCACUCACCUGCUGUGUGACCUUGAGCAAGUCACUUAACUUCUGAGUCUCCUGUUCCUCGUCUGUGCAAUGGGGCUUAUAAUAGUACUACCUCAUAGGAUUUUCAUGGAGAUCCAGAAUGAUGAAAUGUGUAAAGAGUUUGGUAUGGUGCCUGACGCUGGGAAAGUGCUCAAUAAAUGUGUUUAUCACAAUCGAGUGUCCCAGUGGUUCAGGCCCAAGCCUUGGCAGUUUCUUUCUUAGCCUCUAGGUGGCAGCACUCUCCCCUCCAAAGCUUUGGGGGGAGAGGGAGGGGGAGGGGAGUGGGGGUCCCCAGGGCCCCUCACACACUUCUGAUUCCUCUGUCUUGGCUCCCUGCAUUAGAAACGAGCCGGUUUGGUGCUCCCAGAACAGGGUUAUUAUAGAACAUGGUCCCGGGAAAUCCGGAGAAGGGGGCAUAUACUCGCUUUUGAAAAUUCACGAUCCUAGGCCUAACUUCAGGAAAUUCCCAGAGUCGGAAGUUCAUCUGGAGCAGACUUCAAAAAAAAAAAAAGAUGGCCAUAAUUCCCCCUCUUCCAGCACUCCCCGUUUGGAGCGGUGCAAUGGUUAGGGCACCCCCCCCCCACCGCCCACUAGUCCACGGGGCGGAGCAAACCAGGCUUCAAGGGAGGCUGGAAGGGAGAAAGGGGCCUUGACAAUGUUUCCUCAUUCAUCUUCACAACCACCCUUCUGAGGCAGACUGCCUCAGUUACGGGAGAGGAAACGACAGGCUUGGAGAGGGAGUGGGACAGGACAUAGCAGAGCUAUCUGAUUCCAUUUGAUGACUGAGUCCUAGAAGCUGGCAUGUCCCUCAGAUCUCUGUGUUGGGGCCCAGGGCUGGAGCUCAGAGCCAAGCUCAACUUCCCCACCUCCUCAGAAAGGGUGUGUUGCAGUGGGAGGGACAAGCGAGGCAUUGACUCACAGCUGGUGAGGGUAAGGGCUGUUAGUGGACCCAGCCCUCAAAAAGGCCUCAGGAGGCGCUGGUGGGAGACAGGAAGACUCCUCAGAAGAGACAUUUGACCUGGGCCCCCACACAGAGCACUCUGAUGAAUAGAUAAAAACCAAACCAAAAAAAAAAAAAAGUUAAGUCCAACUCAUGGCAGGUAGAGUACAACUGCUCCAUCAGGUUUUCACAGCUGUGACCUUUUGGAAGCAGAUCGCCAGCUCUUUCCUCCCAGGAGCCUCUGGGGGUGGGUUCUCACUGCCAACCUUUCAGUUAGUUGUUGACUGUUUAAUCAUUCGUGCCACCCUGGGAUUCCAAUGGCUAGAUACGGGGAGGCAUUCCAGGUAAGAGAGCAAGGCACAAGCAAAUGCUCCUUGAGGCGUGACAUGUAGGGCCUGUUAUGUUCUGCUUCGAACGGUCCAGGGUGCCCAGAGAGUUGGAGAAACGAGUGGAUGAUAAUGAUUAUUCUCUAAUCUUCAAGUCUCAUCUCAUGGUGGACCUGGACCCAGUGCUAAGCCUUUUACAUCACCUCAGCCCAGUCUGGUGAGUACUGUUAUUUUCCUUAUUUUACAGAUACAGGAACGGAGACACAGAGAUGCCAAGUUCCUGGCCCAAGCCAACACAGCUAAUAAGUGGUAGAGCUGGGAUUGGAGCCAGGGCAUCCUGCUUCCAUGUCCUUUUAGUCUCUUCGCUGUAUUGAAAUGUGGACUGAUGUCGAAUCAGAGAGUCUUAGAUACUGGGUGAAGGAAUUCUCCACAGAAUGGAGGAGUCAUGGAAGCCAUUAAGCAUUUUUUAAAUUGCAACAAGGACAUUAAAGGAAAUGUUAAAAACCACAUCUCAGCCUCACACCAUACACAAAAACGAAUUCAAAAUGGAUUAAGGACCUAAAUGUGCAAACUAAAACCAUAAAUUCUUAGAAGAAAAUGUAGGAGAAGGGCUAUUGGGCCUGGCUGUUAACAGUGGGUUACCUAAAAUAAUAACAAAAGCACAAACAUCGAAAGACAAAAUAAAUAAAUGGGACCUCAUAAAAUUAAAAACCUUUGUUUAUCAAAGGACUUUACCAAAAAAGAGAAAAGACAAGCUACCAACUGGGAAAAUAUCUUUGGAAACCAUAUAUCUGAUAAGAAUUUCAUAACUAAAAUGUACAUAAAACUUCAACAACUUAACAAAAAGACAACCCAAUCAUAAAAUGGGCAAAGAACUUUGUCUUAGUUAUCUUGUGCUGCUGUAACAGAAAUACCACAAGUGCGUGGCUUUAACAAACAUUUAUUUUCUCUCUGUUUAGGAGGCUAGAAGUGCUAAUUCAGGGUGCGGGCCUUAAGGGAAGGGUUUUUCUUUCUGUCUGCUCUGGGAAAGAUCCUUGUUUCUUGGGCCCUCGAUGCUCUUCAUGUGGCUUGGCAUCUAUCUUCCCCCAUUUCUGCUUGCUGAAUCUGCCCUUUUUAUAUCUCAAAAUAGAUUAACUCAAGAUACACCCUACCCUAAUGUUACGGUUGUUGUUAGGUGCUGUCGAGUCGCUUCUGACUCAUAGUGACCCCAUGCACAACAGAACAAAACACUGCCUGGUCCUGUACCAUCCUCACAAUCAUUGUUAUGCUUGAACCCAUUGUUGCAGCCAGUGUCAAUCUGUCUUGUUGAGGGUCUUCCUCUUUUUCGCUGCCCCUCUACUCUGCCAAGCAUGAUAUCCGUCUCCAGGAACUGGUCCCUCCUCAUAACAUGUCCGAAGUAUGUGAGACGAAGUCUUUCCAUCCUUGCUUCUAAGGAGCAUUCUGGCUGUACUCCCAAGACAGAUUUGUUCGUUUUUCUGGCAAUCUAUGGUAUAUUCAGUAUUCUUCACCAAUACCAUAAUUCAAAGGUAUGGGUUCUUCUUCAGUCUUAUUCAUUGUCCAGCUUUCGCUUGCGUAUGAGACAAUUGAAAACACCAUGGCUUGGGUCAGGCGCACCUUAGUCCUAAAAGUGAGAUCUUUGAUUUUUAACACUUUAAAGAAAUCUUUGGCAACAGAUUUGCCCAAUGCAAUGCGUCAUUUGAUUCCUUGACUGCUGAUUCCAUGGGCGUUGAUUGUGGGUUCAAGUAAAAUGAAAUCCUUGACAACUUCAGUCUUUUCUCCAUUUAUCAUGUUGUUGCUUAUUGAUCCAGUUGUGAGGAUUUUUGUUUCGUGUUGAGGCAUAAUCCAUACUGAAGGCUGUAGUCUUUAAUCUUCACCAGUAAGUGCUUCAAGUCCUCUUCACUUUGGCAACCAAGGUUAUAUCAUCUGCGUAUUGCAGGUUGUCAAUGAGUCUUCCUCCAAUCCUGAUACCUCGUUCUUCUGCAUAUAGACCAGCUUCUCGGAUUACUGAAAAGCAGUUGCAGCAGUACUCUGAUACGACCUCGUUAACAUAACAAAGAAAACUCAUUCCCUAAGGGGUUAUGAUUUUCAAUGUAUGUUUUUGAGGAACACAAUCCAAUCCAUAAGAGACUUGAAUAGAUGUUUGUUUCAUCAAAGAGCCAAAGAGGACAUACAAAUGGCCACCAAACACAUGAAAAGAUAUUCAAUGAAGAUUAGACAGGAACCUUAGGGGGCAGUGAGUUUAUGUUAAUGGGGGAGGAACAACUCAGAAAAGGAGGGUAAGAGUGGUUGCACAACUUGAAUGUGAUCAAUGUCACUGAAUUGACAUGCAGAAAUGGUUGAACUGGUGUAUGUUUUGCUGUGUAUAUUCUCAGCAGGGAAACCGUGGUGGCGUAGUGGUUAAGAGUUCCGCUGCUAAGCAAAAGGUUGGCAGUUCAAAUCUACCAGGCUCUCCUUGGAAACCCUAUGGGGCAGUUCUACUCUGUCCUAUAGGGUUUCUAUGAGUUGGAGUCGACUCGACACCAGUGGGUUUGGUUUUUUGGUUUAUCCUCAGCAGCAACAACAACAAAAGAUGCUCAGUGUCACCAGCCACCAGAGAGGUGCAAAUCAAAACAACAAUAAGAUAUCAUUUCACUCGCACUAGGAUGGCUAAAAUUAAAAAAAAAUAAUAACAAAUAUUGGCAAGGAUAUGGGGAAAUUGGAACUCUUAUCCAUUGCUGGUGGAAUGCAAAAUGGCACAGCUGUUGUGGAAAACAGGUUCCUCAAAAAACUAAAAAUAGAAUUACCAUACAACCCAGCAAUUCCGCUUCUAGGUAUAUACUUGAAGACUUGAAAGCAGAGACUCAAACAAACACUUGUACACCAAUGUUCAUUGCAGCACUAUUCACAAUAGUUAGUGGUUGCCAGAGGCAGGAGGGACAGGGCAAGGGGGAGUUAUUACUUAUGGAGUACUGAGAUUCGGUUUACAGUGAUGGAAAAAUCGCAUUGAUUAAGGGUAGGGUUGCACAGUCAAAUAUUGUGAUUACUGUCAGUAAGUUGUAGACCUAUAAAAAAUUGGCAAAAGUUGUGUGAUAGGUAUAUUUACAAAAAUGAUAAAAAAAAAAAAAAAAAAAAAGACAGCUGCUGAGGCUGCUUAUGUACAACCAAACACCUCGUGGGAUUUGGUUCCUUGGUUUGAAGGUUUAGGGUCAUGGUUUCAUGAGACAUCCCAGUUAAUUGGCCUAAUAAAGUGUUAGUGCUUCUGUUCUACCUUCUAGUUUGUUGCUUAGUUCUUGCAGUCUUAAAAAGUUUUCAAGUGGCCAUCCAAGGCACAACAAUUGGUCUUUAUUAACCUGGAACAGAGGAAGAAGGAGAGUCAGGAAUAGGAAGAGGGAAUGGAUGCGCAGCUAAUUACCUCCUUGAACAUCUGCCUCCUUUGCCCUGAGACCAGAAGAACUAGAUGUUGCCCAGCUACCAUUACUGAACAUUUUGAUCAAAGAUUCUAUAGAAGAAUCCUGCUGAAAAGCGGAAAUGUGCAGAACAGAAUGUCAAAUUCUCAUGAAAUUCUGCAUUUCUGGAGCCAUGGAGGCUGGUUGAAUCCCUGAAUCUACUGCCCUGAGAUAAUCUUUAAACCUUAAACCAAAAAUAUCCCCUGAAGUCUUCUUAAAACCAAACAGUAGUUUAGCUUAACUAGUAAAGAAUGCCUGCCUUGAGCAUUAUACUCUUGUAAGACUUAUCUAUAUGGGAUCAAAUUGACAGCAACAACUCUACAGAUUAGAAUCUUAGGGGGCAGUGAGUUUAUGUUAAUGGGGGAGAAACAAUUCAGAAAAGAAGAGUGAAAAUUGUUGCACAACUUGAGCAAUGUGAUCAAUGUCACUGAACUGUACAUGUAGAAACUGUGGAAUUGGUAUAUGUUCUGCUGUGUAUAUUCUGAACAACAAAAAUAAAUUAUAUUAAAAAAAACACAUCUCAAUCCCAAAACAACUAUUUCAGUCAUAUAUCUGUCUCUUCUUGCUGUCACUGGGCACAUGCAUAUGCAUUUACCAAUAAUCAUGAGAACUAACAUUUAUUAGGCACCUGUUGCAUGCCCUGGCACAGUCCUAAGCACUUUGAGGGAGGUGCUGUUGUUAUUCAAGAUGAGGGAACAGGCACAGUGAAGUGAAGCAGCCCAAAGUUAUCACACUGCGGGUAAGUGGCAGCACCUGGCCACAGAACCAUGACCGUAGCAAGAUCAAGACCAGUGUUUAAAACAUGUGGAGUUGGAUCGGAAGGGAGGAGGCCAGACAAUAUUGGGAUAGGAGAUGCUGAGGCCUGAGCUGGGGCUUUUUCCUAGUUGAACCCCUCCAGAGACGGAUAGGGUUAACUGUGCUGGCAGAACAAAAGAGCUCUUAAAAGAUUACCAUCUAGAAGUUGGGUAAACAGGAGCCACACCCUGUCAACAUGAGAUAAAUUGAAACAGCCAGUGAAUUACUAUCUUAGUGUUUUUCCAGUCCCUUCCACCUUUACAGGCUCCCCUGUAAAGAACAAAGUGUGACUACUGUUUAACCUUCUUUAUCCCUCCAAAGAUGGCGAUAUAGUGCCAAAGAUAAGUGUGCUUGUGCUAUAUCCCAUAAUAAGUGAUGCCAAGGGCUGCCGAGAGGACUCCAUCUUGAAUAUCAGCGGGUUCCAUCUUGGAUUCCAGAUGCGUGUGCAAUCUGAUUAACAUGCACUUGCACGGCCAUUCUGAGAAGUACCCACCCCUUGAAAAAAACCCACUAAAUAUUGAUUACUCUGUUGUCUCCACUGAACCCAUAUAAGCCCUCGCCUUGCUUCCCUUUUCAAGUCAGCCUUUUGGAGAGGCUUAGUCCCCCACUGACUCCUUUUACUUGACUCAAGCAAAAUAAAGCUUAUUGAAGAUAAAAUUUGUCUUUCUCUUGUAUUCUUACUCGGGAAAAGACAGGGACAGGGACGUUUCGUGUCAGAUUGGCGAUUGGUAACACUCCUAGAUCAGCAGAUGGGGAAUACCUCGUCCAAGGGUGACACAGACACAAGGGACCCUUUACCAAGGUUCUGGAGGCCCUGAUAAAGCCCUGAGAUGCUAGACAGCGUGUAGCACAAAGAAGGGCUGGCCUGAACAUCCAGGCUCCCAUUCUACCCCUGGAAAAAUCACAGGCUUUGGCAUCAGGCAGAUCUGGGUUUGAAUCCUGGCUCUGCCCCAUCUCAGCUGUGUUACUGGGCAAAUCACUUCCCCUUUCUGAACCUCAAUUUUCUCAUAUGUCAAAUGGGGCCAAUAAUAGUACCUAUCUGAUGAAGUUGUUUUGACAAUUCAGGGAGAUAAUUCAGGUAAAGCAGAGGUCACACAUUGAAUCUAGCCUACAGAAAGACUUCCUUUGGCUUUCACAAUGCUUGAAAAAUAUCAUCUAACAUUUAAAAAUAACACAAAAGUCUACAGCGAUGGUGAAAAGCAAAAAUUCCUUCUAGUUGUCAGGGACAAGACAGGGAGACUUGUUAUCAUGGCUCCAACAUUAUGCUGGAGACCUAGGUAGAGCAAUAAUGCAAGAAAAACAAGUGGCAAGAGGAUCAUAACAGAUUAAAUAAUAGCAACGAUGCUGGAUUCAAGAUAAAUGUAUAAAAGUCUACUGUGUUCCUAUACUCCAGAAGCAGUUAGGGAAUGUAACGAGAAACUGGGAGAUUUCACAUAAAAAUCUGAAUUUCUGACUUCAGUUGAAAAAGGGGGUAUCUAGCACAGUGGGGCAGCAGUAGGUUGAGCUGUGCUAGGCCAGGUCCUUUAGAUGGACAUAGGCAUUCUGGAUGGUGGUAGUCCCUACUCUUCUCCACUGUCUCCCUGACAUUGCAGCGGAGUGUCAGUUGCUAUUCACUGUACUUAUGUUGGUUUAUUUUACAAUAGAGAAAUAUUUCUAAUUUCCCAUGUGUUAUGGAUUGAACUGUGUCCCCCUAAAAUAUAUGUUGUAAAUCCUAACCUCUAUGCCUGUGGUUAUAAUCCCAUUUGGACUGAGUUGUCUUUGUUAAUGAGACAGGAGUAGUGUAGGGUGUGUCGAGUCAAUCUCUUUUGAGAUUGAUAAGAGUUAAACACAAGCUAGCAAGGAUAGAUGGGGAAGAACAGAACAGAUGCCCAAGAACAGAAGCUCAGAAGAAAUAAGGACCUUCCUCCAGAGCUAACACAGAGAGAAAGCCUUCCCCCUAGCCUUCUGAACUGUGAGAAAAUAUAUUUCUGUUUGUUAAAGCCACUCAUGGUAUUUCUGUUAUAGCAGCACUAGAUAACUAAGACACUAUGUCUAUCAAAAGUGGGAAAACAAGAUGGCCAGCAAGGGCCACGUGAUUUUUCAUGUUCCUGGCCCACUUUACUCAUCCAACUUGGUGUCUGGACCCUGGGUGUUUGACUUCAGGAACCCUGUAAAUACUGUUUCCUUUCCUUCCAGUCCUCAGUCUGUUUCUAAGCUAGCUGGCCUCCGUUUCCUUAUCAGCAAAUGAGGAAAGUUGAGUCAUGGCUAACUUUAUUAAGUGCCUACUACGUGCUGAGCCCUAUGACCUAUGCUUUAUUACAUGUCAUUCAAUCUUCAAGACAACCUUAGAGGCAAGUGCUUUCUUUUAUCAUGCUUAUUUUACAGAUGGGGAAACCAAGUCUCAAAGAGAUGAAGUGACCUGCCCAAGGACUCACAGCUAGAAUAUAUGGAGCUCACAUUCAAACUCAGGACUGACAGAGUCCAAAGCUCAUGCUUUGCCUUAAACCAAACCAAAACCCAAACUCAUCGCCGUCCAGUCGAUUCUAUCCCAUGGCUUUGUGUUAGGAUCUCUGGAACUCUGGCUAGCUCCAAUUGGCCGGGAUUUCAUUUGGAGCCAUUUCUCCCAGGCUCCGAUCACUGUUCUUCUUCUCACUCAACACCAUUCUGGUCCAGGCCACCACCCUCUCUUGCAUGGACGACUGCAUCAACCUUCUCUCUGGUCUCCCCGCUUUCUCCCUUCGCCCACCAUGGUCCAUUCUCUUGACAGUGGUUAAGGGAUCUUUCUAGAGCCCAUAUCAGAUC